CUCUUCACCAUGUCCUCUGCCAAUUACGUAUGCGUCCUGACAUGCCGUGUGUGCCGCGUGGUUGCCUGGUUUUAACAGGAAGCAGAUGUCUCCCUCUUCCUCGACGACGCCAACAUGGCAUCAGUUCGAACGGAAGGUCGAGGAGGUGAAACCAUCCAAAACUGAUAUCAAUUAUCUAGUCAUGGAUUACCUAAUCACCAACGGCUACCCAGCUGCUGCGAAGAAAUUCGCACUAGAGGCCAACAUCCAACCUAGAGCAGAUAUCGAGUCGAUUCAGGAAAGAGUUGACAUUCGUACUGCAAUUCAUUCUGGGAAUAUCCAAGUUGCCAUUGAGAAGAUCAAUGAGCUCAACCCACAGAUCCUAGAUGAAAAUGCUCCUUUACACUUCGCCUUGCUGCGACUGCAGCUGGUGGAGUUGAUUCGCUCAUGCACCUCUUCCCCCGAUGGCGACAUCAGCCCUGCCCUUGAGUUCGCGACCUCGCAACUCGCACCGCGGGCACCCACCAACCCCCAGUUCCUCGAGGAUCUUGAGAGGACUCUUGCGCUCUUGAUCUUCCCGAUGGAUAGCCUGUCCCCGUCACUUGCCCCUUUACUACAUCCCGACCUUCGUAAGGACAUAGCCAACCGCGUCAACGAAGCCAUCCUGCUGAAUCAAGGCGCUCGUAAAGAGGCCCGGCUACGCAACCUGGUCAAAUUGCGCGCGUGGGCCGAACAGAAAGCCCGGGAGGCUAAGAAGGAUAUACCCGAGAAGCUGGACCUCGGACUGGGCGAUAACCCCAACACCCACAACAGUAAUCCCUUGGCCAGUUCGACCAGUGCCAGCCACAAUGGCUCUAACGACACCGUAAUGACCAAUAAUGGGGAUAUCGACCCCAUGAUCUCAUAAAUCCAGGCUUCGAUCUGUGAUCACCUGGUACAUAAUAUUUCCAUUUCACGUAUCACCAGACGAAUUUCUUCGUUCACCAUUGAGCACGGCGUUUGGGUGCAGGCUACCAGCAGGUGUCAAAUUCAACGGCCCUCUUGUAACAUCUACGGUUCAAUAUCGGGAUACAUAACAUAUUAUGACUUGACAUUUGGUCUCCGCCGACAGUUUUGUGUGCAGAACGGAUUGAAUUUUAGCAAUCGAACAGACCCAAGAGGUUUUUCAAUUGGC